AUGUCUCUUGAGUCCUUGCCCCUCGAAGUCAUCUGUUUCAUUGCGUCCAAACUGCCACGGUAUAGAGAUAUAUUGUCCCUUGUGCGAUGCAAUCAUACGCUUUACGAUGCCGUGUUUCAUCUCCUUUACAAGCAAGACAAAUGUACCCAAGAAUUCGCACUCCGAUGGCUCAUAGAAAAUGGAUUUGAGCAAGGAAUCCAACACAUAAUAUCACGCAGCAACCUAGAUAUGAACCAGAAGGUGGAAUCUUGGUCCUACCGUGUCAACACACCUUUACUGCUUGCCGUUCGAUGGGGUCGUACGAAUAUCGUGGAGCUCAUUCUUCGCAAUGGAGCCCUGGUAAAUUUUGCAACGGAUAUUUCCCCCUUGGAAUGCGCUGCAACUCUGGGGGACUACAAUAUGACCAGCAUACUGCUCCAACAUGGUGCCCAUGCAGACCUAGUGAACGAAACAAGCGGUAAAACUUCUCUGGGAUGUGCUCUGGAACUUGGGUCCAAUUCAGUACAACUCGGAUCGUACUAUAUAGUAUCGCAGUACUUUUGUCACUGGAAUGAUAAUGUCGAAUGCAAGGGAGAGGAUGAGUUCAUCGCCGUGAUACAGUUGCUGCUGGCUCACGGGGCAGAUCCAUCUUUCCAGUCCGAUCAAGCACGGCGGUAUACUUGCCUACAUCGGAUUCCCAUGGCCCGAUGGAGCUCGACGGAAAAAUUGGUCCGUCUGUUUCUCGAUUAUGGAGCUGAUGUAGACGCACAAGAUCACGAAGGACACACUCCCCUUCACGAAGCCUUGUCCCAUUACGCAUUCGCAGAUACCAGAGUCCAAAAGGAGUUUGUGGAAGUCCUCUUAAGGUACGGUGCCGAUGUUAACUUCCAGGAUGGUGAAGGAAAGACUCCCCUUCACUAUGUGCUGUCCAGUCAGCCAUUCUUAGGAAACAUACAUAUCCAAAAGGAGUUUGUGAAAGUCCUCUUGAGGGCUGGUGCCGAUGUUAACCUAGAGGACUGCCGUGGAGAGCCACCACUAGGUAUCAGAUUCGAGAAUCCGGGUGGCUUCCAUCUCAUGUUAACACCAGGGGCGAGUGCUCGCUGCCGUGGUAGAACCGGAGGUAAACUCAUUUUGAACAUUUUGAGAGUUCCUGUGCGAAAGCAAACCGAAAUCACGACACAACAUCGAAUCAAUACUAUCUUGAUAGAGCUACUAUUGGAACACGGCGCUCGUGCAGAUCUAAUAAUCGAUGGAACGUGUCCACUAGACUUGUACGCGGCAGGGCUAUACCAAGUACUGAAAGAUUCGGUGAGAAAGAGAAAAAUGGCCGUACAGAAACCUCCCCAAAAGGAGUUAUCCCAGGCCCCGAAACACAGCGGACGCAAGAAAAAAGCCAAAAAGCACAAGAUACUCUUGAAACCCACGAGACAACUGCCCCCAAGAAAAGCUAGAAAAGACAACCAGGUCAUGGAGCCCUCGAGAAAACUACGCUCAAGGAUUAUCAUCAGGGCUUGA